GCUGACUACCCCUUGAGCUGUGUUAGGCUUAGGAAGGGGCCUGCAAUUGGCCCUUAAGCGAUCCCCCCCGUAUCCGCGCGGGUAUUCUACUACUAGAAGGGAAAAACAAGUGUAACAUAGCAAGUACUGUAAAUAACCAUUCCCUCUCAGAUGCCUUGUUUUUAUACUUGUGCCUGUGAUAUUUCUGGACUGCGGCGUUUUGGCCUGUACGAGAAUCGGCCGUUUAGGCCUAGUGGUUCUGGUGAUCGACUCAACCCACUUCGUACUACGCUACGAAGCUGCAAUAGUUGUACAAUAGUAUAAAUAGGAAAACAAGCCGGACACCUAGGAGGUGAGCGCCAACUUAGGACUGGACUCUUUAAACAGUUUUUUGUGUGUGUGAGUGCGUGGAAACAAGAGUGGGCAACGUCCCAUCGUCCAGCGAACAAUCAUGAGUGGAGACACGAAGCGGAAAAGCAAGAGCAACACGAGCAGGCCGGCCAGGUCGAAAGUUUCUCAGGAUCGCAAGCUUGAAGGCAUAUACAACAAUGCCCGCUUUGUCCACAUCGCUGCAUCACUUGUGGGUCAUGUCGUCCAAGUGCAAGUGCGGGACGGAGAGGUUUUCGAGGGCGUAUUCCGGACGGUUUCGCCUGAGCUCGAGGUAGUGCUGGAGACCGCUCACCCCGUGGAGCCAGGGGCACAGUCAGAGCCGUCGUCACUGUCGCGGCUGCUGACCUCGCUGGGCCGGGACCAGCGGCUCGUGCAGCUGAUGAUAUUCCGGCUGCCAGAUGUUGUCUCACUCUGCGCGCCCAACGCGGACUUAGACUAUGCCACGCGGGACUCUUUCACGGACACUGCCAUCAGUAAGUUCAACGGCCAGCUUGGUGAGCGACCCCUCGAGCCCUGGAUGGAUGGUGGCAUUGCGGACGGCAUUGGCGGCCUCGAUGACCCUCCACUCGAUGGGGAGGACACCAAUGGCUGGGACGCCAAUGAGAUGUUCAAGACAAACGCCGAGAAGUACGGGGUGACAACAUCCUACGACAGCGCACUCUCGAGCUACACUGUCAAGCUGGAGCCUAAGAACACGGAUGAGUACAAGCUGCAAGAAGCCAAAGCAUCCAAAAUUGCCCAAGAGAUCGAGAGCAACCCAGUGUUCAAGAAGCGUAUCGAGAUGGAGAACGGGGACGAGGAGGACAAAUACAGCGCGGUGGUGCGACCUUCUGGUGACAACGCACCACAGGGUGCCAGGUACGUGCGGCGGAAGCCCCUGGGCGGAUCCAAGCCCCUUCGUGGCACACCGCCCCCGGCAGCAGUGGCGGCUGCGGGCGGCCCACCUCGCGGGGGCCUGCCUGGCUUCAAGGGGGGCCUGGCUAGCCCGUCUUCCUCGUCGCCCUCGGCUCCGCUGCCCCCCAAGCUGCACCAUCCGCCCAAGCAUGGGCCGCCCCACACGGCCGCUGCUUUCCCCGAGCUUGACACUUCCCCACGGCUUAACGGGGCCCCUAAGCUAGAGAAAGAAGGCCCAAUGAGCCCUGGCUUGGGCGAGGGGCCGGUGCCCGACGAGACCUCAGUGGUAGCCUUAGCUGACGAGCCACCUGCUGUGGACAAGGGGCCUGCAGACCGCAAGGGGCCACCGCCUCCACUCCAGAAGGGCCGUGUGCAGGAGAUUGAAGAAUUCAAGAAGUUUAGCACCAGCAUCAAGCUCGAUGAGGGCAAGGAGUCCAAGGAGACGACUGGUGCUGCUGCCGCAGCGGAAGACGAGGAGAAGGAGCGGAAGGAGAUGGAUGAAGCUGCCACUGCCAAGGAGGAGACGGACCGGCUUGUGAAGAAGUCCACCCUCAACCCCAAUGCCAAGGAGUUUGUGCUCAACCCCAAUGCAAAAGCCUUCACUCCGCGCACCCUUCUGCCUCUGACGAGUCCGCCCAACGGCGCCGGUGGCAGCGGCGGCGCAGUGGUCACGACCCCAACGGGCAGUGUGCGACUCAGUUCGAGCCCUCUGGUGGGUCCCCCGUCGGUCGGGGUCGGCCAGGCGCCUCCGCAGCAGCUGAUGCCCGCCGGGCAGCACAUCAUAACCAUGGCACCCCAGUACCUGAUGCCUGCCACCCCUGUCAGUGUGGCACAGUUUGCACCCGGACAGGGACCACGCUUUCGCAAGGCCAUGCCCCUUGUCCAAACGAGGCACGACCUUCCAGCUUCUAUGCACGUGGCUGCAGCAACAGGCCAGCCCAUCCUGGCGCCUGCCGGCCUGCCCAACGCCCCUCAACUGAUGGUGCAGUACACACCAGCACAGGGGAUGAUGCACCCGUCUGGGCCACCACAGGCGACCGUGGCCUACCAGCAGGCUCAGUGUUUUGGGCCCUUGGCGCAGAUGUACCCCAUGGUGGGCCAUCGGGUCAUGUCCCCGCAGCCCAUGGGCAUGGUGGCUGCAACCCACACAGCCUCCUAUGGCGAUGCAACGCACCUCCCCGCCCAGGUUUACAUGCUGCAAGGCCAGGGUCACCAAGCUGCCAGCACGGGGGGUGGCCCGCACUCCAGCCCGCCAACGCCGGGAGCCAGCACGCCUGUGGGCGGGGCACAGGCAGGCACGCCCCCGGUCGUCUACCAUCAGCCGCCACCCCCCUCGGCUGGCUCGGGCCCACCUCCGCCUCCGCAACCAAAUCUGGUGCUGGUGCCCCACUCGGGGGCUAACACUCCCCCACACCUGAUGCCCCACAGUCCUAUGGUGCCCCCACAGUUGGCAACUGCACACUUUGUGCACCACCAGGUGUUCCCCAGGCUGCUGCCACCAGGUGUUUGAAGAAGCAUGAAGAAAUUAGGCAAAGGAAAAAAAUAGACAGUGCUAGAAGAAUUAAGUUAUUGCGUCAGCUCUAUGCCCUACACCCCUCCCCAAUACCCUCCGCUGAAGAUGGAAGAAAAAUAAUAUAAGGAUUGACAGCAGCAGCCUUAAUUCGGACCCGGGAAAAACAAGAAAUUAUACAACCGCUAUGAAGAUCAAGCCAUACUUGCUCCAUCCAGCAAGCCAAAAAGCAAGCUGGCAAGCAAGCCAUAGCCUGGCAUCAUCGCAAGCGCCUCUCAAAUCCCUCCCUGCACACACCCCUGAAACGAAAGAAAAAAAGAUGCCAAGUUCCAUUGGGGGAAGACUGGUCGAAGGAAGGAUUCGGAGCAUUCGCCGAGGCUUCCACUUGCUUGGCAGUGAGCGUUGAAAGCUGUUGCUCUCUUUCUCCUCCUGUGCUGAGAGGGAUGGAGCUUGUUUAGGGAAACAACCAAAUGAACAGAAGAUACUAUGAAAAAAAAAAGAUUGAAAAGAAACAAAGGUUUACUAGUAAAACGCAGACAGGA